CCAAAUAGAUCCAUUCAGCUUGUCACCUCUGUGGUGACCUUCAUCCUUGAAGAGGACACAUCCCUUGGUGUUCUUUUCAUACCCGACUAUAAGAACGGCGGCGAGCGCCAGCAGGUAAAUGACCAUCAUGUCUGUCCACUGCGUCCUCCUCACUCUGCUGCUCUUCUCCAGCCUGAGCAGACACCUGGCCGCCACACCGCAGAGUCAACGAGCGGAGGAUGGCACCACCGUGGAGAGAGAUGGCCUGGUGGGUCCGCUGAUUCUGGAUGACGUGGCGGGCUUCAGGAGGAACGUGGUGUGGGAUGAUGUCAAGGAUGACGAUGGGGUGUCCAAAUUUGCUCUUUUGGCUGACACCAGGCGAAGAGCAGCACGCUUUCAGGGCAUAAAUCCUACAUCGGAGCGCAGCUGGAGCCGUGCUGCCGUGGACAACAUGAAGGUGGACCGCCGGGACACGGACAUCGAGGUGUUGCGGUGCAUGGUGGGACGAGUGUAUCGACCCUGUUGGGGGACAUAAAAUCCUCCACCAGAAAGCCACCCCAGUGU